AAUGAAUGUUUACGUAGUUGGCGUUGGAAUGACGAAGUUUAUAAAACCUGGUCGAGAUGGAAACCCUGACUACCCACAAAUGGCAGCUUAGGCUACUAAAAGAGCUCUUAGAGAUGCUAAUAUUCCUUACUCAUCUGUUUAAGUAGCUUCUAUAGGAUAUGUAUAUGGCGACUCAACAUGUGGAUAGAGAGCAUUGUAUGAAGUUGGAAUGAGUGGAAUUCCAGUAUAUAAUGUUAAUAACAAUUGUUCAACAGGGUCUAGUGCUUUACAUAUGGUGACUUAACUAUUAAAAGGAGGACUAUAUGAUUGUGCAUUGGCACUUGGAUUUGAAAAAAUGGAAAAAGGAUCAUUGAAUAUGAAAUUCCCAGAUAGAACAUAACCACUUGAUAAAAUAGUUCUAAAAACAAUGGAAAUGGGAGAACAAAGCACUGCUCCAUUUGCACCUUAAAUCUUUGGAAAUGCAGGAAUUGAACAUAUGAAAAAAUAUGGUACAAAACCAGAACAUUUUGCACUUAUAGCAUAUAAAAACCAUCUACAUUCAACUAGAAAUCCAUAUAGUUAAUUCAGAGAUAAAUACACCCUUUAAGAAAUUAUUACAUCCCCAAAGAUACAUGGUCCUUUAACAAAACUUUAAUGUUGUCCAACAUCUGAUGGAGCAGCUGCAGCUAUUGUCUGUACAGAAAAAUUUGUACUUCAACAUAAUUUACAAGAUUAAGCAGUGUAAAUCUUAGGAAUUACAAUGACUACAGAUAGUGAAAAAACAUUCACUGAUUAGAGUUUGAUGAACUUAGCUGGAUAUGAAAUGAGCAAAAGAGCUGCUUAAUAAGUUUAUUAAUAAACAGGUGUUAAGCCUUCUUAGAUUGGAGUUUGCGAAUUGCAUGAUUGUUUUUCAGCAAAUGAAUUAAUUACAUAUGAAGCUUUAGGUCUAUGUGAAGAAGGGAAAGCUGGAGAUUUUAUAGAUAAAGGAUAUAACACUUAUGGUGGACGCGUAGUUGUGAAUGUAAAUAUAUAUAAUUUAUAUUUUUCAGCCUUCUGGUGGACUUAUAUCUAAAGGACAUCCAUUAGGUGCAACUGGUUUAGCUUAAUGUGCAGAAUUAUGUUGGUAAUUAAGGGGAAUGGCAGAAGAAAGAUAGGUUCCUGGAUUACAAUAUGCUUUAUAACAUAAUAUUGGUUUGGGAGGAGCUUGCAUAGUUGCUCUGUAUAAGAAAUAUAAUACAAAAUCAGGAAGACCAAGAAAAGAUCAAACAUCUAAUCCUGAUAUACUUGAAAAAUUAGAAUAAUAAUAACCAAAAUUAUGAA